GCAGCACUAAACAGUAAGUUGCUUUUGCCACACAGCACGCGGGAUAAGCAGCGAAGUCUGGUAAGUGGCUCGAUAGCGAGAAUUGCGUAUGUUCGUUUUGCAGCGAGCUAACACGUGCUUUGCAGCUUCGAUACAGCCGCACAAAUGAGACCGAAUGCUGCAUGUUUGGCGCUGCGUCUGGCCUCCAAGUUCGAGAGGAUUCCAGCUUACCGCCUUCGUGAACCACCAUGGAGUUUUCGUGCAUGCAGUCACGCGAGUGUCCAAGAGAGGCACCGAAACGCACAGUCGCGCGUUUCGUCGUUGAAGACGGACAUUUUCGAGGCGAUGAAGGGCUACCCGACGAUGUCCGAGUACCCCGAACUGCUCUACUUGAGUCCCGAGGCGGUCGAAGACAGGCAGAAGGAACUGUUCACAGUCUUUCCUAACAAGGACAUUGUCAAGCUGGUGGAGACAUGCCCGCAGGCGUUUGUCGACGACUGGGACGAGAUCAUGGAGAAAGUGAACUAUAUAGCGCACGGCAUGGUCAUCAGUCCGGAGCACAUCAUCAGUAGCGCCGCCCUCGGUUACAGCCUGCUCCACAUCAAGACGAGGCAUCAGUUCUUGCUCUGCUGUGGCAAGUACCGCACGCCAAAGCCCAAGGAAGUUACAACCACUAAUCCACCCCUGGACAAGAUCAUCGGGCUCCCACUUCGCCUGUAUCUCAACAUAUGCGGAGUCACGGCUGAAGAGUACCACGUGUUUGAAAAACUUAUGAAAAAAGAGCAAGAACGGGAAGCAGACGAGGAUAGUGACGACGAGCUUGAUUAGCAAAGCGCCUGUUUUAUAUUCAUUAGGUUUGCUGAUGUGUGCAGCUUUAUACAUGCGCCAAGUUACCGAAUUGUAGCGCCAGAAGGAAGUCCUAAUUGUGUAUUUCAAAGUGCGUGACACGUACUGCCUUUGACAUAGACGCGAAGCCCGGUGUGCUGCAACCGCUGGCCAUUGUGAAUAAAGUGUAUACGAGAAGUUAGAUGUCUAGCUAGCAUAGAUUACAGAUGACAAGUUACAAUAAUUUUCUCUUUCAUACCUGCUUUUAUUUGUUUGUAGCUUGCAAUAUUCGCGAUGAACUCCUCUGCGGAAGGCCGGCUGCAUGACAGCACAAGACGGGGAAAACUUUCACUUGUAUCCGUCUUACAGCAAAUCUAGUUCGGCUUCUGUUUCUCACACCUAUUGUAGUCGUUUACAGUAGCGCACCCAGGAUCUCUGCCAGGGGGGGG